GAAUAAUAUCUUUAGUUGACUUCGAUAGCUCAAUGAGUUUGCACGUGAAAAUUUUUAACUCUCUCUCUGUCAAUUUGUCAAUAUUACCCACAAUAUAGUAUCUAGAUAUACACAAUAAAAAGAUAUUUUACAUUUUUUUGCAUACAUUUUGUUUAAAUCUUUUUGGUUUCUUCUCCACCCUAUAAUAACGCUCUCAUUGUGUGUCUGUCUGAAUGAUCGAUCGGAUUUUGAUGAAAUUUUUAAUUUAUAUCGAAUUUGUAUAAAGUGCGCCAAAACAAAUAAAACGGAUUGAUCGUAACUACACACCUCCAACAAAAAAAGAUACAAAUUUUUGAAGAAGAUACAAAUCAAUCCUCGUGUGAGAGAUAGACUGUGAAUGUGUGUGCAUGGGCGGUGGUGAUCCCCCAAAAGUGCUACCGAAUUUAUACAAAUCUGUGCAACGACACAAUUAGUUCUGUUUGUUUUGAUAAUUAAUCAUUCAAAAAAAAAAAAAAGAGUUGAAAAAAAACACCCACACCCUGUACUUGACGGUUAUUAUAUUUUAUUUUCAAAUUUUCUCAUAUGAAUACAAAACACGGAUUAACUUAACGAAGAAAGGACUGGGACUUGAUGUGUGUGCGCCUGUGAUAAGAAGAAAUUAAAAAAAAGCAAAGAAGAUUUUUUCCGUCGGAACCCUUUCUACCUCAAAACAUCAUCACAGUUUUUUUUUAUUUUUUAAAUAAAAUCUGCCAAAAUAGUGAAAUGUACAGAGCGGUAUAAGCCCCCUCCACACUAUCAAACCGCUAAAUAAAUUUAAGUUUUGUAAAAGAAACAAACAAAAUCAAACAACAUUUUUUUUGUGUUUCCGUGCGGAGGUUUUAAAAUAAAAUCGCAAACAUCGACGGGGACAAGUGUCAGUUUUUUGGGCGAACGAGUUCCAUUGAAGCUUUCAAAACGGUCGCCUCACGCUUCGAGUGGAAUGAGAAUAGGGAUAGUAAUAUUCCUUUCGAUAGAAACGCGGUCUUCAAAGUCGUUAAACUGAGCCCCAACUUGGAGCCCUACCCCGCCAGCGUGGAGGGCCUGAACAGCCCUAGAGCGGUGGGGAUGGCCGCCAGUUAUAUGACACCGGUCAGCUCGGGUGAUCUCGAUAUGGCGCUGGGUGGCGGCGGUGGUGGCGGCGGCGGUGGAGGAGGCGGUGGCGGUGGCUACCACACAUCUUCACCGCGUAGUGCAACCGAUGCCGGUGAAAUGAAAUACAUGCAACAUCAUCAUCCGCAUCACCAUGCUACGUCACACCAAGUGCCCUCUUCGCCGAGCCCAAAUACCGUCGGCAGUGGAAAUCCCUCUGGCCUCGGCCUGGGAUCGACAAAUCCCUGGACAGCGUUGCAUCCAACAGAUCCAUGGGCUCUACAGACACAUCAUUCGCACCACCAUCCGGCGGAUGUGAAGCAAGAAAUGUCGCAUCUAUCACAACAGUCACGGGUACAACAGGGUAUGGCUUCGCCGCACGCAUGGCAUGCACCUGUGCAUGCUGCGGCCCAUUACGCACCGACUGGUGGUUCGCCGCUGCAAUACCAUCAUGCCGCCAUGAACGGAAUGCUCCAUCAUCCUGCCCAUCCGCACCAUCAAGGUGUGGCGCCUCUGCAUCAUGCCCUCCGAGGAGCCGAAUCGCCGCAGUUGCACAUCCAUCCACACCAUCUGCAAGGUGACCGAGACGUUAGUGCCGGCGAAGAAGACACCCCAACAUCUGACGACCUAGAAGCCUUUGCCAAACAGUUUAAGCAACGAAGAAUAAAGCUUGGUUUUACACAGGCCGAUGUGGGACUGGCAUUAGGCACUUUAUACGGUAACGUUUUCUCCCAGACAACGAUAUGCCGAUUCGAGGCUCUACAAUUAAGUUUCAAAAAUAUGUGCAAACUGAAACCACUGCUGCAGAAGUGGUUGGAAGAAGCUGAUUCGACGACAGGGUCACCGACGAGCAUAGAUAAAAUUGCCGCACAAGGACGCAAGCGAAAAAAACGCACUUCCAUUGAAGUAUCAGUUAAGGGCGCCCUCGAACAACACUUCCACAAACAACCAAAACCCUCGGCGCAGGAGAUCACAUCGCUGGCCGAUUCCCUGCAACUUGAGAAGGAAGUCGUACGGGUAUGGUUUUGUAAUCGGCGACAAAAAGAGAAGCGAAUGACGCCGCCCAAUACUCUUGGCGGUGAUAUGAUGGACGGCGGUAUGCCACCGUCUCAUAUGCAUGGCGGCGGCCAUGGAGGCUAUCAUCCGCAUCAUGAUAUGCAUGGAAGCCCCAUGGGCACCCACAGUCAUAGUCAUAGUCCGCCAAUGUUGAGCCCCCCACAGAACAUGCAAAGCGGUGGAGGGCAUCAGUUAACGGCCCACUAGCAAUCAGAAAUCCAGGAGUCCAACUCUGCUGCAGCUGCGACUACUCCUGCCUCUUUACACCAACAACAACAACAACAACAACAUCAACAACAAUUACAGCAGCAACAACAACAACAUCAACAACAACAACAACAACAACACAAUACAUCGACGACACCAUCAUCAUCCUCCGAUGUGCUAUCGCCCCAAAGCCCGCUCGGUUCAGGACAUCACCUCAAUAACAAUAAUAACAAUAACAGUAGUAAUAAUAACAACAACAAUAACAACAACAACAACGACAGUGAUCUUUCAUCUCAGGUGACGACGAACAACAACAACAAAACGAACGCAUCGCUGGCGGCGGCCGCUGCGGCUGCCAUGUACAUAGACCCCAUGCGAUACCAGCACCACCAGCAUCCCCACCUGAACCCUGCUCACCACCAUCAUCCGCAUCUGUUUCAUGGCGGCGGCGGCGGUGGCUCGAGCAGCGACCAACAACAACAGCACCUGCAACAUCACCAACAACAAUCGCCGGGCGGCAAUAGUGGCAACGGCAGUGGCAGCUCCGGAGGCAUGGGUGGCCUACAGCCGCCCUUAUCCUCAUCGCCAAACGCCACCUCUGUGCUAACCAGCGCUGCUAGUAUGCAACACCUCAACCUGAAUCCGCAUGUGGUGCAUCCGCACCAUCAGCAUCCCCAACAUCAUCACCACCAUCACCAGCAGCAGCAGCAACAGCUCCACGCCAGGAGACUGUUCCACGAGUGGACCCUGCAAUUCGGCGCCCCGCCGACCACGGUGCGGCACUUUAAUUCCUUCACCGGCGAGUAGGGUGAAUUUUUAAGCGUUCCCCGCUAUCCAAGUGCCGCGCCUUACAGCUUUAGGUGGAUCAACAGCACCUACAGGAAGCUACAAUCUAAAAUGAGCAUUGUAACACAAGCUUAACUCAAUGUUAGAUACAAAAUACUUAUGAGUACUAAACGUACACCACCAAACACACACAAAACACACACAGUGUCUCGACGUGACGUGGAAGUGUGCGUGACGCGUGUGAAGCUCUAAGAGCUGAGCGUUAAAUUUCCCCAAAACGAUUUAAUAACGCCGCGCGCUCGUCGCGCUUUCCCACACAUAAACAAAUUUAAAAAACCUCGAACUUCGAUACGGAACUGAAAAUCAAAUUUAAAUUAUAAGUGAUUAAACAAACAAAAAAAAAAAAUUUAAUAUGUUAUUAUUUUUUAAAUUAAAUAAUUUUUUUUAUACAUAAAAAUUUUCGACGAAUGAUUUCGUAAAAAAUAUAAAAUAAAAUGUGUUGUAAAAAAUUAAAUACAAUCGAGAGGGAAGGAUCUUAAAAAAAAAGGAUCAAGGUAAUUGUAAAAUCUAUCUCUGUCUAUAAAUAUUAUUGUUUUUUUUGUGUUUAAUUUAAUUUCCUUAUAAGACCUUCCCUCUACAAAAAACACACAAAAAAUAGUUAGACAAAAAUUAAAACACACAUUAUACCCAGUCACACAUAAGAAAAACAAAAAAUAAUAAUAAACAACACACCAGUUUAAGGGAUAAACAAAAACACAAAAAAAUUUAAUUAUUUUUAUUAAAAAAAAAAAAAUUAUAUAUAAAUCGAUAUAUAUGAGAAAAUUGUUUUUAUUUUUAUCUUUAUUAAUCUUUUUUUUGUAAAUAGUUACAUAAGUCAUUAGGAUAUUGUAGACUUAUUAUUAUAUUUAAUAUAAAUAUUUUAGUCAUUAAGUUUUUUUUUUAGCUUAUAAGGAAUAUUUAGGUACCUAUAUACAUUUAAAAGAAAAAGAGACAAAAAAAAAACAACAUCCCCUUUCUGCAAAUAAGAAACAAAAAAAAAAAAUCAAACACAUAUAAUUAUAUAUAGACAAAAUUUAAAGAAAUAUAUUUGUAAAAAGAUUUAAUUAACAUCAAACACUUGUAUAAAAUUAUUUAAAAUUUUAAUUUUAUUAUUAUUUUUUUGUUCAAAAAAAUAUAAAACACAAUCAAACACACACAGAAAAAAAACAAGAAAACAAAUUCCCAGUUAUAUUUUGAAAAAAAUUUAGUUUGAAUAUUUCAGUUUCUUUAAAAUCAUAAAGAAGUAAAAAAAAAAAUUACAAAAAAAUUAAAAUUAAUGCUUAAAUAGACAAAAACAAAAAAAAAGUAUAUAGUUAUUUUUUACUGUGUAAUAUU